AUGUACGAUCCGCCCUCCCGUUCGGGCACCGCAACUAUCUCGCGACUCUUGGGCUCGAUCCGUGCAGCUACUACUACCGGACCUCUCUCUGACCUCUCCGGCUACUUCUGCGGCCUUUACCGCAAUGACAAAGUGAAUUGGGGACAGGUCGUGUUUCUGACUACCUGUAUCGUCGCAAUGACUGGAUGUGGACUUGUGUCAUCGCUGGUGAGGCGCAAGUGGUCGCGCUCAUCUGUUCCGCGGAGGACUUCGCGCCACAGCUCCAAGUCUUCUUCCAAGGCUCUCAGUUCCUCGGAGGAGGAUGACUAUGAAGACGAGGACUACGACAGCAAUGCAUCUUUGCGCCAUGGCACCAACCCCAACUACAAGCCCAAGGAAGACUGGCUCUCCGAGCCUCAGAAGCAAAGCUCAGAUGCUCACAAGACGGAUCCCGGCAUUCUCAAGAAAUUCACGACAUAUAACUCAUAUACAACCUCAGUGGCCACAUAUCCCGCCAUCAGAACCUUCCACAGCCCUCAUCCCCAGCUAGCUCGACUUCCCACCAAACCCACACCUCUACCACUGAUUGUGGUUGUUCAUGGACUUGGUGGAUCCCUCGCACAGUUCCACCACCUCCUGACCAGUCUGUCCAACAUCGGAUCAUGCUUUGGUAUUGACUUACCCGGCUGUGGACUUUCCAAAUUCUCGCCCACGGAAUGGGAUGCAUACUCCGUGGAGGCCUUAUCAGAGCUACUCGUCGAGGCAAUUGAACAGCACCGGGACCGUGAGGCCGGCCAAGAAGUCAUCCUGGUGGGACACAGCCUCGGGGCUUCCUUGUGUGCCCUCUUGGCCUCCUCCACCUCUUCGAUCGGGGCAAAACUGAAGGAUCAUAUCAUUGGUCUAGUCGCAGUGUGCCCACGAGCAUCCCCUCCCUCCGCAGAAGAAACUUCCAAAUUUCGGAAGCUACUCUAUGUCCCUGGAUUUGCCUUCGACCUUUGGCGCCAGUGGGAUCGACGUGGCGGCGAGCAAAGUGCAAGUGUCAUGCGCAUGGUCGGCAAUGAUGCCGACACGGAGACACGAAUCCUCCAAAUUCGGUUCAACAAGCAGAGCAAAACCCCCGUGUGGCGACGCAUGGCAUGGGGCACACUUCCGACAUACAACGAGAACGGUGAUGCAAUUGGUGGAAUGCCUGGUGAAAAGAUCUGGGCGGGAAUCCGCAUGCCAGUCCUCCUGGUCGCGGGAGAGGCGGAUGCUGUUACAAAACCAGCCGAAGUUCAGAAGCUUUUGAAAUUCUUCGGUGACGUUUCGGUUCAUACCGCGAUCAACACCAGUGAUAGCAGCAUUAUUCCCGACGCCUCGCGCAUUCAUGAUCACAUGUCGGCUCCGGUCAGUGAUCUAGCCAAUGAAAAGGCAUACGGGCUUCAGGUCUCUGAGAAAAUCCUCGAGACUUCUCAGCGCAAGCGAGUGGUCAAAUCGGCAAUCUUACCGGCGCCCGCAUCUCAUGCGCUCCUGUACGACCGAGCAACCUACCGCACACUUGCAGGCAUUGUGCAGGACUUUUUCUCAUCAAACAUCGACAAGCGUCUUGGUCUGGGCUGGCAGUUACAAUGUAUGAACACCUCUGGAAAGUGGGAUGUCAAAAACCUUGCCAAGUGGCAGAAGGUUGCGCCAGUCUCAGAGCCCAUUGCCAACACCUUCGCUGCAAUGAAGAUGCUCCGUGAAGUUGACGAAGAACACAACCCUGUGAAGUUCUCAGCCAAGUACCACGACCGGAUUCAUGCUGUCAUCGACAUCAGUCACGAAAGCCCGGUCUACAAUCCGGCUGAAAUGGAGAAGGGUGGGAUCCGCUACUGCAAGCACCCAACCGUUUCCAAAAUUCCUCCGACUCCGGAUGAGACGCGCGACUUCAUCGCCCUGGUCGGCAGUCUCCAAGAAGAGAUCGACCAAAAGAUGGAGAAGCGAACAGACGAGGAGAAAUCCUUGCCCCGUCCGCUGGUUGGAGUCCAUUGCCACUAUGGCUACAACCGCACUGGAUUCUUGAUCACUUGUUACUUGAUCGAACAUCUUGGGUUUAAUGUCCAGGAUGCCAUCGAUGAGUUCAAUCGGUGCCGGCCGCCCGGUAUACGACACGGGCACUUCGUUGAUACAUUGUUUGUAAGGUAUUGCGUUGGGCUGAAGAGAGCGCCCACGCUGUAA